UAUCACAUUUCGUAGAUAUAUGUACAGUAUAUAAAAGGUUUAUUCAUUAUGUAACAUUUGAAAUAGUGUAAUAAAUAAUGUGAAGAAUUAAAUAUUUAAAUUUGCUUAAUUUUCUGUUUCAUACAAAUGAAUUAAUAAUGGAUUUCUCAACAAAUAAUUUAUUAGAAGAAGUUUUAAAACUUGAUGUUGUAAAAAAUUUGAAAGUUUCGGUACAAUCUUCUGUCAAAUAUGGAACAAUUGUCGGUUUAUCAACAAUUGCUGGUGGUAUAGUUGGUGGACCUAUUGGAUUAUCAGUAGGAGGUAUACUCAGCAGUCUUAUAGCAACUUGGGUUGCACAAAAUGAAUUUAAAUCUGUUCCAUAUAUUGUUUGGAAUGAAACUACUCCGGAACAAAGAAGAAAAUUAGCAAAAUUAAUAAUUGAUUUUCUUAAUUCAAAACAUAUUAAGAAACUUAAAGAUUUUGUAUUUUCUAUACCUAAUGAUACUUCAUUACAAGAAGGAUUAAUACAAAUAUUAAUAUCAUUUUUAUUUUCUGAAUUAAAUAUGUAUGUGAAACAAUAAAAAUAAUAUAUAUUUAGAAACAAA